CCUAGCCUACGGCGGUCGAUGUGUUCUUAGUAUUAUACGUAUGGCGUGAUGUCAAUAAAAUCAUCAAGAAUUUUGGAAAAUUGUUCUGUUGUAGCUAGCUAGACCAUUUAUCCUGGCCUAGACUGAUGACUAGGAGUAAGAAAUAUAUACAUAGGACAUGUAGAGAAAAGUCGACCUGAGUGCUAGUGGGGGGUGGGGCUAGAUCACAGAACAACACCUGGAUGGUGGGCGUUGGCUCAGACAGUUAAAGAAGUCACAAUAAUUAUUAAAAGAGUGUUUACAGUAACUAAUUAGUGUAGUUAUACUUUAGAGGAUGCAUCUAAAUUCCUUAAUGAGGCUCCUAGCAAUUUUCUGUACUGUGUCAGUGUUUGCUGUCAGCUCCCAGACCACCACCCUUGAUUGUGAGAUCACCAUCAGUGUUAACAAGAACUCAACUACCUCAGAUUGGAGACCACAAUACAACAGAUUCAGACAAGGCACAAAUAAUACCAUUACGCUGACAUUUGGCAACUUGCAAGAAGUGCUGUCAGCUCUCAACACUACAAUAUUUCAUAGAGACAGCGGUUGUAUAGAGGUUACUUUAUCGGCCGGCUCGUACUCAAUUGAACAAAGUGUGUACCUUGUGCAGAACAUUAGGAUAGUGGCUGAAGAUAUUGGCUCUGUUUUUGUGGAAUUUAGUAAUCUCACAGCUCCACAGAAUGUCAGUGUGUUCUAUGCUGUCACGAUAUUCGGGGCACAGUUUGUUGAGAUGAGAGGAAUACAUUUUUCACAAAGUGUUGGAAUUAUUGCUAUUGAGAAAGUCACGAAUACGACUAUUUCAGAUUGCAGUUUCAUGUUUUUUUCCCGUGGAGCCGUGGAUAUUUACCAAAGCUUUUUAGUGCAGGUCCACAAUUGCUCCUUUGACAGUAACGGAUUCGAGGGUGUGGCCAAACCUGACUACCAGUACAGAGGUCACGCUGGGGGUCUGUCUAUAGGUUUCGAUGACAACCACUAUAAUGCAAAUGGCACUGACCCCAACAGUGUGCCAAACAAUCGUGGCAUCUUUAUCACACACUGUGUCUUCACAAACAACACCAGCGACCCACGUCAGGUUGUCUCCACCUCAGAGCUAUUGCAAAGCUUUGUGUUCACUGGCCGGGGUGGUGCCAUGUCUAUCACUGUCGAUACCAGAUUUUCUCUCGAUGCCAUCAUCACAGACUGUGUUAUGGACAACAACAGUGCAGUGUCCUUCGGUGGAGGCUUGUAUCUAGGCUAUAGUGGACAUGCUGCUCAUACUAGCACUAUAGAUCGAACGCUAUUUAUUAAGAAUCAAUGUGUUGGACCAUCAGGUGGUUUGCAGUUAGGGUUCCUAGAGGGAGCUGAUAAUGGGUUUACUGUGAGACUGGUAUUGUUGAACUCAGUGUUUCAGGAAAAUCGAGCAGAGUUUGGUGGAGCAGUACACUUGUUCGCUAACCAGAGUUCUAGUCGUGAUGGAGCCCCACAGUUGAGUCAAGUGGCUUAUGUCGAGAACUGUACAUUCACCAGAAACUAUGCGGAGGAGUUUGGAGCCGCCAUGGCCCUUGCCUCACUGUUGUUUCUAGUGGAGACCAGUAGUGUGGAGCCACUCAUUGUUGUUAAUUGCACUUUCCUCGAUAACUUUGGAGGUAGGGCUGGUGUACUGAGCACGGCUUAUCUUCCUCUGGCAUUCUAUGGAACUAACACAUUCAGAAACAACUCUGGACGUGUUUUAAUUAUUAGUGGGACACGUGUUGAAAUACAUGGAAGUUUGCAGUUCACCUCAAAUUUCGGCAGUGGUCUAGAAUCUGGAUCACUCUACAUCACCUCAUUUGGACAGUUACAGUUGUUCUCAGGAGCCGAUGUGGCAUUCACAAAUAAUUCUGGCAUUAUUGGAGCAUCAAUAGUGGUACAGGAUAUUCUCGGAUUUGUGACUGCCUUCUCUAGGAUACUGUACAACCCACUCUGUGUGCUACGUUACGAGAAUGAGACAGCAAGACCUCACGAUUGGGAGAAUGUGAAGAUCUCAUUUUCUGGUAACCAAGCCCUUGUAGCAUCAGCUGUGUUCCAUAACAACAUUGACCUUUGCUCUUGGAUUGGAUUUGGGCCACAAUUCUUUGAUAGGAAGGAAGUCUUUCAAUGGGAUUUUGUCAGCUUCUCUAAUGACAGUGUGAACCGUGCCCACUCAAGUGAUGAGAACAACCCACUGUGGUACGUGCAGACACAAGCCGAGAGCCUCAGGGCAGACACACCCAAUGUGACGGCAUAUCCCGGUCAGGAGAUUGCAGUGAGUAUGACAGGGACCGAUGAGUACGGACUGCCCAUCAUAGUCUCAGUACGGCUCACCGACACUACUGGUGAGAUCGACUUCAGCCCCUCAGCGGCCAGUCCUGAUACAGUUGGCACCCCCAGCAUUGUAACACAGUUCUCUGUGGCAAAUAAUACCGCUAUGCUACCAGACUCCAAGAUAAUACAAGUCACUUCCAUUGUCACUAAUACCCCCCUAGUGGUAAACAUCACCCUCCGCCCACUUCCCUGUCCAGUGGGGCACGCGUUGAAGCCGAGUGGUAGUAGUGGAGGUCAGAGCAGUGUGUGUACAUGCAAUGAUCAGGAAAAUGAUCACAUUAUGAACUGCCACCAGGAAACUCUGCAAUUAUCUAAUGGGAGAUGGGGAGUGGGUGGUAUUAAGGAAGGUGAAACAGGAGACAGGCUGGUGACUUACGUUUGUCCCCAGCAUUUCUGUCAGUGCCUGAGGGUAACCAACAUCAGCCUAGAGUUGACAUGCUCAUUUCUGUUCAAUCCCAAGUCGCCAGACGAACAGUGCAUUUGUGGAAGGCAAGGUGUAUUGUGUGGUGAUUGUAGUGACGAGAGUGCUGGUUUCAGUGCUCUACUCAGCAACUGUAAAACCUGUGGAACAGUCAGUCUGCUUUACAUUAUUGCACUGUUGAUUCUAGAUGUCCUCGUAAUCGGAGGAUUUCUCCUGUUCUUCAAAUGGUCCAUCCAUGACUGGCUUUACCCAACUCUGUUCUACUUGCAGGUUCUUCCAUUCCUAACCUUCCAUUUUCCCGUAACAUUUGAAGUAGUGCAUCCUUACGUCUACUAUGUGAGCAGUGGUCUGAGCUUCUACUUUAUAUAUGACUUUUGUCUUGGGCCUCAAUUCUCAGCACUGCUGGUGUACUUCAUUCGAUUCAUCCCACCUAUUGUGUUGAUUCUUGCAGCUUGCCUCGUGGCCAUUGUCAGACACUGUUCCCAUAAGAAGACGGUUGCCCCAUGGCCUGGUUUGUGGCUGGUGGCCCUCCUCAUGUCCACUCACACUAUACACACAAGUAUGUCAGUACUUAACUGUCCCUAUCUUCCUGGACACAAUGGAGCUGCUGUGAGUCAGCGUUGGUACGUGAAUGGGAACAUAAAGUGCUUCACUAAUGGACACGUACCGCUGGCCCUUUUAUCUCUAGCCAUGCUGCUCCUCUUCUUGGUGCUACUGCCAGUGGCCAUCUUGUACACAACUCAAUGCUCAAAAAGGUACACCUACUUGUUGUACAACGCGGUGUCUCCCUCGAGUGAGGCCUACAAGAGCAAGUAUGCAUGGUGGGGAGCUGUGGAGCUGCUCAGAAGAGGUCUCCUCAUUGUGCUUACAGUGGCACUGCCUGGAAAAGAGUACUGGGUCAUCUUCAGCUUUUCCCUCAUCUUUGGAUUGUACUCAUUUAUUCAGCCGUACAAGUCGCGCUCAGCAAACAUCAUUGAAGCUCUGCUGGCCACCAACAUGAUGGUGCUACUCCUGGCAAGAAGCAUUGACGUCUACGACAGUGACAUACCUCAAACAUACAUUGUAUUGAAAGACUACACUGCUGAUGACUGUAUUGAUAGUGCUGUUCAUACAAUCAUUGCUAGCAACAUUUUCCUAUUACCUGGAUACUACUUUCCUCUGGCUGUCUUUAUUUUCGCAUCAAUGGCAUCAGCCAUUUUUGUAUUGAGAUCUUGCUGCAUAAAGACCAAGAAAUUUUCAGCUGAUGAUUCCUUAAUCCCCCUUGAUGCAUAUCGAUUAAUAAAUGAAGACGGCUCAAUCAGUACCACCAUUGUCUCCACUGACGACUUACAGGUACCCCUGUCCAGACUGUUGGACAAUAUUUACGUUAAUGGUCGGAAACCAGAAUUUCACAGCUCAGUGACUGUUGAUAGAAGCAGAGAACUAAAGACAACCUUUGAGUCACGGAGUAGAACUGUUAGUAGUUGAUAAUUUUGAAAGAAAUUUGUCAAUUAAAGUCACUAUAAUAAUAUUAUCAUAGUAUUUUCGGUCUAAUGAGUGUCGUAAAUA